CGGCCCUGCAGCCCCAAGUACUUCGGCCGCGAUGCCAUGGUGUGCGUCUGCAACGCCACGUACUGCGACACGCUGGACCCCGUGGUCCUGCCGGCCCCGGGCACCUACGUCAAGUACGAGAGCAGCAAGGCCGGGAAGCGGCUGGAGCGCAGCGAGGGGAGCUUCCAGCGCAACGCCAAGACGCCAGGGCUGGAGUACAAUCUCAUCCGCCUCCCCAUGGCUUGCAGCGACUUCUCCGUGCGCCCCUACAGCUACGACGACGUCCCUCAUGACUACGAGCUGAAGCACUUCAGGCUGGCAGAGGAGGACGUGAAGAUGAAGAUCCCCCUCCUGCAUCGAGCCUCAGCCAUGAGCAGGCGGCCGCUGUCGCUGUACGCCAGCCCCUGGACCUCCCCAGCCUGGAUGAAGAGUAACGGGGAUGUCUGCGGGAAGGGCACCCUGAAGGGACAGGCAGGGGACAAGUACCACAAGACCUGGGCCAACUACUUCGUCAAGUUCCUGGACGAAUACGCCAAACACAACGUGACCUUCUGGGCGGUGACGGUGCAGAACGAGCCCCUCGCAGCGCUCCUCAUGCCCUCCGAGUUCCCCACCAUCGCCUUCACCGCCGCGCGCCAGCGGGACUUUGUGAUCCACGACCUGGGCCCCGCGCUGGCCCGCAGCCCCCACCGCACCCGACUCAUCAUCCUGGACGACCAGCGCAUCCACCUCCCGCGCUGGGCUGAAGUGAUCCUGGGCAAUGCCACCGCUGCCCGCUAUGUCGCCGGCGUGGGGAUUCACUGGUACCUGGACGGCAUCGUCCCGGCUGGAAGCAGCCUGGGGGCCACCCACAAGCUCUUCCCCAACCAUUUUCUCCUCUACACGGAGGCUUGCAGCGGCUUCCUCACCCUCCGGUUCUCCGUGUCCCUGGGAUGCUGGGAGCGAGGCGAUCGCUACAGCCACAGCAUCCUGACGGUCCUGAACAACUUUGUGGCCGGCUGGACCGACUGGAACCUGGCCCUGGACCUGGAGGGGGGGCCCAACUGGGUCAAGAACUACGUGGACAGCCCCAUUAUCGUGGACAGCAGCAAGGACGUCUUCUACAAGCAGCCCAUGUUCUACCACCUGGGGCACUUCAGCAAGUUCAUCCCCGAGGGUUCGCAGCGUGUGGGGCUGCACAGCAGCUGCCUCAUCUGUCAGCUGGAGCACGUGGCUGUCCUGCGCCCCGACGGGGCCCUCGUCCUGGUGGUCCUCAACAGGUUUGGCUGGGACGUGCCGUUCGGGAUCUGGGACCCGGCCGUGGGUUUCAUCGAGACCAUGGCUCCGGCCAACUCCAUCCAGACCUACCUAUGGCGCCAGCAGUGA